AUGCACAAAUUCAAGGAGUCCCUCACGGCGAUGAUCGGCGACUUCGCCAACAUGAACAAAACACCGGAUUUUAAGCACGAGGAGCUCGAAGAGAGCCACACCGCUUUAAAGGAAGUAGACGAACACGACGACGAGGACGAGACCCUGACCGAGGCCGAGGAGGAGCGGAUCCGCGCGCGGAUCGCCGAGCAGCGCGAGCGUCGCCCAUCCAGUUAUUUGCUG